AUGCCCGAGUUUCAGCCCGAGUUUCAGCCCGAGUUUCAGACCGAGUUUCAGCCCGAGUUUCAGCCCGAGUUUCAGCCCGAGUUUCUGCCCGUGUUUCAGCCCGAGUUUCAGCCCGAGUUUCAGCCCGAGUUUCAGCCCGAGUUUCAGCCCGAGUUUCAGCCCGAGUUUCUGCCCGAGUUUCAGCCCGAGUUUCAGCCCGAGUUUCAGCCCGAGUUUCAGCCCGAGUUUCAGCCCAAGUUUCAGCCCAAGUUUCAGCCCGAGUUUCUGCCCGUGUUUCAGCCCGAGUUUCAGCCCAAGUUUCAGCCCGAGUUUCUGCCUGUGUUUCAGACCGAGUUUCAGCCCGAGUUUCAGCCCGAGUUUCAGCCCGAGUUUCAGCCCAAGUUUCAGCCCGAGUUUCUGCCUCCCGAGUUUCAGCCCAAGUUUCAGCCCGAGUUUCAGCCCGAGUUUCAGCCCGAGUUUACGACCGAGUUUCAGACCGAGUUUCAGCCCGAGUUUCAGCCCGAGUUUCAGCCCAAGUUUCAGCCCGAGUUUCAGCCCGAGUUUCAGCCCGAGUUUCAGCCCGAGUUUCAGACCGAGUUUCAGCCCGAGUUUCAGCCCGAGUUUCAGCCCGAGUUUCUGCCCGUGUUUCCGCCCGUGUUUCAGCCCGAGUUUCAGCCCAAGUUUCAGCCCGAGUUUCAGCCCGAGUUUCAGCCCGAGUUUCAGACCGAGUUUCAGACCGAGUUUCAGCCCGAGUUUCAGCCCGAGUUUCAGCCCAAGUUUCAGCCCGAGUUUCAGCCCGAGUUUCAGCCCGUGUUUCAGCCCGAGUUUCAGCCCGAGUUUCAGCCCGAGUUUCAGACCGAGUUUCAGCCCGAGUUUCAGCCCGAGUUUCAGCCCGAGUUUCUGCCCGUGUUUCAGCCCGAGUUUCAGCCCGAGUUUCAGCCCAAGUUUCAGCCCAAGUUUCAGCCCGAGUUUCUGCCCGUGUUUCAGCCCGAGUUUCAGCCCAAGUUUCAGCCCGAGUUUCUGCCUGUGUUUCAGACCGAGUUUCAGCCCGAGUUUCAGCCCGAGUUUCAGCCCGAGUUUCAGCCCAAGUUUCAGCCCGAGUUUCUGCCUGUGUUUCAGCCCGAGUUUCAGACCGAGUUUCAGCCCGAGUUUCAGACAGAGUUUCAGCCCGAGUUUCAGACCGAGUUUCAGCCCGAGUUUCAGCCCGAGUUUCAGCCCGAGUUUCAGCCCGAGUUUCAGCCCGAGUUUCAGCCCGAGUUUCAGCCCGAGUUUCAGCCCGAGUUUCAGCCCGAGUUUCAGCCCGUGUUUCAGCCCGAGUUUCAGCCCGAGUUUCAGCCCGAGUUUCAGACCGAGUUUCAGCCCGAGUUUCAGCCCGAGUUUCAGCCCGAGUUUCUGCCCGUGUUUCAGCCCGAGUUUCAGCCCGAGUUUCAGCCCGAGUUUCAGCCCAAGUUUCAGCCCGAGUUUCUGCCCGUGUUUCAGCCCGAGUUUCAGCCCAAGUUUCAGCCCGAGUUUCUGCCUGUGUUUCAGACCGAGUUUCAGCCCGAGUUUCAGCCCGAGUUUCAGCCCGAGUUUCAGCCCGAGUUUCAGCCCGAGUUUCAGCCCGAGUUUCAGCCCGAGUUUCAGCCCGAGUUUCAGCCAGAGUUUCAGACCGAGUUUCAGACCGAGUUUCUGACCGAGUUUCUGCCCGUGCCCAACGUCGCUCUAACCUGCGCUUUAGCGGUCGCGGCUAACGUCCUUGGAACCGGGCGUCGUCUCUUCCACGUCUGCAUCUGCUCCAUCGAGGUGUUUUCGGUGCAACAGAUGGCUCCAAAACAUACGGCAGUAAAGGUUAAUGAGGGCCAACUUCGACGCCACUAA